AAUGGGGUUCUCGUGAAAAAUAUUAUUUGUAAAAUACUGUUUGUUUUGUUCUCUUGUAUUAGACCGAGAAUGAAAUAAGCGCAUGAGACUCUAGACUAAUCCGACCGAGAUAUAUUGCCUUGUGGCAGAUGCACAAUCUCUUUUCUAAUCUUUUUGUUCUGUUUACUGGUCGAAAACGGAAAUUUUGAUAUUCUACUGGCGAUAGGCCCAGAUGAAAUGUUCCAAAACAUACGCAGACAUGUACGCGUACGCAUCGCAGGUAUACAGUCAUCUACUGUACCCGAAAAUUUCACAUUCGUUAGUUUUGCUUUGCUGUGAGGUCAACCGUUACAAGUGCCUGAGAACUUUGAUUCCUUUUGUGAUUGUGUAGCGAUGGCCGUUUCUGAGCAAAACCAUCCGUUAAUACCUCGAGUUGAUGUCGUAUUUUUGGCGUACAGAUGUUCUGAUAUCAACAGGCAAAUGCAACCGAAAGUAACGCUGGACAGCGUCUGUACGAUUAGUUUAUUCGAACUGGAACAACAUCUACGCAUGAAACGUAGCGAACGGAGUAGGAUGUCCAUCGACGCCUACAAACAUUACAGAUGGUACAAUGCAGCACUUGUUUCUGAAUUGUGUGCCAUAAAUGGCGGGAGAAAGGAACGGCCUCUACUACGCGUAUUCCAUUGGUACAUCGAAACGUCCAACCGAAAUGCAUUCCUAAUCGAGGAGAAACAGUAUGAAGCAGUAUCAUUAGUGAUGUCAACCGAAGUCGAACACUGGUACUGCAGUGCUGGCGCUGGUAAGACUACGCACGGUAAACGUGUCAGAGUUUCUGAUACACAAAUGCAUAUAGAGAGCGGUCAAUCAUCCAUGUUAACCUCUUCGGCGCAUCGGUCGUUAUCUACCUCAAUGGCAAGCAAACCUACCAACUCUGGACAUAAAUUGUGUGUCCUUGAAAACAUCAAUGAGGAAAGUGCUUAAUACCAGUUCCACGCUUAACAGUUCGCUUUCAACGGAUAUAGUUAAUGUGCGUUACAGACGGUCAUUGGAAAGGUUGAAUGUCGGAAGAAGCGGUUGAAUGUAAAAUCAGUAAAUGUGAACUCCACCUUAGAUGUUUUUAACGAAUUAUGCGACGAGUUUCAUUUUUAUUCAAAACUUUUAUAUGUGUUGGAUAUCAAUAACGUAUGCACUCUUGAUUAAUAUAGACGACUACAUUUCAUUACACUUAAGCAGGAUAAUACUAUCUGCCAACAGCAUCUCGAAAAGUGCAAACUUCAUCGUUUUACAACAAACAAAACAACCGUAUUCCGCCCAAAUUCACAAUUUUGCUAAGUGGCGAAUGAACCAGAGUUUAAUUUUCUUUGCUUGAAAAAAUGUUGGCUGUUACAAGAAGUAUAUACGUUUUGCAGACAAACGAAACAAAAGUGGGAAAAAUAUAGACUGCAAACGUUCAUUUCUAAUCAUCUUGCACUAAGUGCCACAGCGUGUUUCACCUCAAAUGAUAAACAUUUUCUUUGGACAUAUGUAGACAGAGGUAUUUCAUGGCGUAGAUUAUCAUGUAACAACCACAGGCGAA